UCCUUUGGUCCAGCAGCUCACUAGAAAGAAAAAUAUUAUAUUACUUAUACGCCACACGAGCAGAGAGAUCAAUACAGCAUCUCCAAUAGAACAUCACUCAUCAAUAUCAGACUGAAAAUAGCGGUACACGUACCGCAAUCAUGACCACCAACAGGCCGUUCCUAGCCAACUUUCUCGCCGCCUUCAGGGCGCAAACUGCAUAUAAGACAGCGCCUUCAAAGCCGCCGUCUCCUGGCCCGUCGUCGUCACAUAUCGGCUCCUCCCCAUAUUCUCCACCCUCGUCUUCCUCGAAUACCACCGGAGCUCGAACAAUAGCUACCAAGACAACAACAAAUCCCACGCCUUCAAAUUCACCGCAGUCAACCACCAACGCUAUUGCUGCCGCUGCUGCCGCAUCCUCGACGUCCAGUCAUUUCUCCUCGCAUCACCACUCUCAUCACCAUCAUACUCAUACCCAUACUCAUUCACACACCCCUUCACCUUCAUCGCGGACUCCAAUAAGCUCCGCCGCUCCUACAACCUCUUCAACCACUGCUCCAACAUCGUCAACUCCCGCUUCCACUACGACUUCUACCACCUCGCCUAUACCCGUGCCAACGUCAUCAUCUUCUACAUCUGCUGUCCCUUUCUCGUCAUACGAUAGGAAUAGACGGGGAAGUGAUAGUAGUAGUGGUAGUGGUGGGUUCCGCGACGCUCUAGGGCCGGAAAAAUGGUAUAUCGGUGGUCGAACGACAAGCGGAGAGGAACGAUUAUAUCAACUAGGGAUGGUGACCAAGGGUGGCGGUAGACUAGGAGGUGGGAUGCGUGUUGGUAGCGUUGACCAACUGAGCCUUUAA